GUUGAACCACGUUCGGAACCACCGAGUGGAGGAUGGUCGAUCGAACGGAACGGUGAUUGGGCCACGGGUCCGAUGGAAAGAAACAUCGUCUCGUUUAGCAGACACAGGUCGCCUUGAUUUCCGUAGAACAUCGGGGCGACCGGACAGGUCGAUACGUCGCCGCUUGUCAGACACACGAACAGCCCGGCCGUCCACACACGGUUGCUACCCGGCGAUUGUUGUUGUCACACGAUUGUUCUACCUCAAGCAUUGCAUAAGCAACAGUGAACGAUUACGUAAGACGGAGUUUUCGUGCGCGCUGAGAGGGGACAUGCAACGUGCGCCAGGAUCGUGAAUAAAAAUACAGGGAUUGGAGAACGUCUUCCUUUUUCAUUGUUUUUUUCUUUAGUGAGAUCGAGAAUUCGUUCUUCGAUUUGAAUCGAGUGAUUGUUGACGUUCGGUUCAGUUCGCGUGAAAGUGCAGGGGGAAACGGUGCGAAGAACGAAACGCGAGAACAUUGCUGAAGUUCGAAGUAUCCCGUGGUCCAAUGGUUUUCAUAGUGAUUUUGUGAAGUUUCGUCGACGUGGAGUAACCGAGUGGCGUCCGAUAACGCGGAUCGAUAACGACGCGGUUGGCCCUCCCCGCCAGGGCGGUUCGAAUUUCCCGCGCGUGGAGCACGUGCAGCGACGAUGGCGAUGAAGAGCCGGAAACAAUACACCGGGCCCAGCUUCGGAGCAAAGAGUCAUUAUCCUGCAAUCAGUCAGGCCUACUGGGCACCACAGCCGCAAAAUGUACCAUAUUCCGUUCCAGAACGCAAGCUGUUCGUCGGCAUGCUGUCGAAGAAGUUCACCGAAAACGACGUUAGGAACAUGUUUAGUGUCUACGGAACUAUCGAAGAGUGCUCGGUGCUGAGGGAUAGCACCGGAAAAAGUAGAGCCUGUGCCUUCGUUACCUUCGCUAGUAAACAAUACGCGAUCAACGCCAUUAAAGCUCUUCAUCAUUCGCAAACAAUGGAGGGAUGCUCGGCGCCGUUGGUAGUCAAGUUCGCAGACACGCAGAAGGAAAAGGACCAGAAGAGGAUGCAACACCUUCAGACGAAUCUUUGGAAUAUAGCCGGAGUCAACAUGGCGCCGCAUUACCUGACCAACGACACGCCUACUCUGGCGCCCACUUCGUUGCAACUGUUGCAACAACUACAGGCGACGACCAGCGCGGCGACACCGGUAGCGGCAGGUGCGGGAGCGAGCGCCCUGUCGAAUGUCCAGCAUCAAUUGUUGUUGCAACAACACCUUGGUCUAGGCGCUGCUACCCCGACGCACGCUGCUGCGCCCGCGGUCCCCAGUCCACCUGAGAUCAACCCAGCGAAUCUACAGGGUUUGGCCACCUUAGCGUCGUUGAGCAACUCCGCCGGUGAGUAUGCGAACGCAGGAGUCUCUCCGAUGAGUAUGCAGAACCUCGUCACCUUGGCUGCCAUGACUGGCGGGAACAACAACCUUCAAGUGUCGCCAAACACGUUAAGCGGACUGGCGAAUUCGACAGCAGGUAUGUCGCUAUCUGUCCUUCUUGGAAAGAGCGGAAACACAGGGUCCACCGGCGGUAGUCUCAGUCCUGUGACCUCUUUAACGCUCAAUUCCCUAACGGGGACACCUUUGAACGGGCUGCAGGACUCGUUGAACAACGCCUACUCAAGCUUACAACAAUACGCAGGGUUCCCAGCUUUCACGGCAGCGGCGGCUGCGGCCGCGGCGGCGGCUCAGAAAGCGAAAUUCGUCACCACCGAUAAGCAGAUUGAAGGUCCCGAGGGUUGCAACCUGUUUAUCUACCAUUUACCGCAGGAGUUCAGCGAUACUGACCUCGUCACAACGUUUCUGCCGUUCGGGAAUGUUAUCUCUGCCAAGGUCUUCAUCGACAAGCAAACACAACUGAGCAAAUGCUUCGGUUUCGUGUCGUACGACAACGCGGCGAGCGCGCAGGCAGCGAUUCAGGCGAUGAACGGUUUCCAGGUCGGCAUGAAACGGCUGAAGGUCCAGCUGAAACGAUCCAAGGAUGCAUCGAAACCCUAUUAGCGGACGUCGACCACCGUUCGUAGCAGGUGGCCUGUGACGUUGUGACCGUGUUCUCGAUCGGAGUCGCCGUGCCAUGUCAGUCUCUCAGUCAGUCAGUCAAAUCGGUCAGUCGUUCGAUCGAUCAGUCACGACUCCUCGGUCAGCCUCUUGAUCAGUCAUUCUGUGUCUGUCGGUGCCUAUGCACAUCUGCCCGCUGUCUCGCUCCUCUCGCAAGAACAGGAGACGCUGCCCCCGCUCUGCUCCUCCCCCCUUCCCUCGUCCCAUCCCCUGAAGAUCAACAACCACACCGUCCUCUGUUCCUGUCCUACGGCCGUGCGGAAUCCGGCAAAAAAAUCCCGAGAUAAAGAAAAGAAAAAAAAAAGAAGCAAGGAAAGAGAGGGAGAACGGAAUAAGAAAAGACCAACCGAAUCCAUCCAGCUACGAGCUACCUCCAACGUUCUGUAUCGCGUGUGGUAGCCACGGUGUCGUCGUCGUCGUUGCUCGGGGUCUGUUCUAUUUUAACGGGGAUAAGUGGCACCGAUUGUCGAUCGUGGCGCGCUCUACGGCCACCCUUAACCGCCGCUACGUAACCAAAAACCGAUGUAGAGAGAAGACAGACCCCACCUACCUCCCCUAAACAAUCCUCCCAAUACCUCAACCCUCUGACGAGAUCGUCGACCAAAGCUCGAACCGUCGUACCCAAGUGCGCCGCGAAAGUAAAAUCGAGGAAAACGGAACGAGAGUGAAAGAGAGAUAGAGAAAGGGGAAUCGUCGUGGGAUUAACAAUCGCUCGUUCCCGCGGCGUAUCGAGUGACCACGAGUGGGAACGGACCGAUCAUCGUUUUCAGUGUCGGAUGUAGGAAACGAGAGAACGACGAAAACAGAAACCAAAAAAAAAA